GACACUUCUGAUGAUGACUUUUGGUACAGUUUGACCUCACAGCGAACACACCUAAAAAAAACCCAUCUGCUUCAGUUUUCUUGCCCUUUUUGCGACCGAGCGAGGAAUGGAGCAAGCACCAAGCGCGCCGAGCCCUCCUCCAAAACCGGCCCAUCACGAGCCCAUAAGCUUCGGCAUCGACCAGAUUCUGGGAGCCGGUACUGAGCCGGAAAGUGCGCGCACGGCAGGAAGACAGAGUGGAUCAGAUUUAAGCAACGGGGACGGUUAUUACAGUUUGGGAAGUCCGACUGGGGCCAACGCGCCCUCAUAUACCGCGCUCUCGAUCUCCCUCUCCGGUGUAAUGCCUCCGGUGGAGGCUUCAGGUUCAUACGGAGAGAGCAGGAGUCUGGGCAGCCGAGGAGUCAUUCGCGUCCCAGCCCACAGACCAGUGACAGCCCCGGGACCCCCGGCCCCCGUGCAAAGCGCUGUUCCUGGCUUUGGAGGUCUGUGCUUCCCUUGGAUAGGGAACAGGUUUGCCAAGGACAGAAUAUCAGCGGCUCUGGUGCCAUUCGCCGUUACGCGGAGAAUAGGGCACCCGUACCAGAACCGGACGCCUCCUAAACGGAAAAAGCCCCGCACCUCCUUUUCAAGAGUUCAGAUAUGUGAGUUAGAAAAGCGUUUCCAUCGACAGAAGUACCUGGCCAGCGCCGAGCGGGCAGCUCUGGCAAAGAGUCUCAAGAUGACAGACGCGCAAGUCAAAACCUGGUUUCAGAACCGCAGGACCAAGUGGAGGAGACAGACAGCCGAGGAGAGGGAGGCGGAGCGUCAGCAGGCCAAUCGCCUCAUCCUGCAGCUGCAGCAGUCCGCCCUCCAGAAGUCCCUCAGCGAAUCAGCGGUAUCAGAUCCACUGUGCGCCCAUAACUCCUCCCUGUAUGCGCUGCAGAACCUUCAACCCUGGGCCGAGGACAGGGAGUAGAGACCAGACACCAAGCGGUAAUCACUGAGCAUCCUCUAACAGCCCUGCGAGGAUACUUUAAUUAAAUUAGACCUACAUGAGGACAGUAGGACUUACUGUGAUCCUUACUGUGGAGGGGGGAAAAAAGUGUGACCAGAAAAAAAACAAAAACUGAAGAACCCGAUUGAGUGGUCGUGAAAGUGGACCUGAAGUCAUGGUGAGUCCUGAAACAGAAACUUUAUUGGACAAAAUGUUGCAGCUCUGUACUUGGAAACACCAGGACUACACAAAUUCAAAGGAUACGAAAAAAGACUUGCCACCAUAAAAAAUUCUCGCCACCAUGUGAUUGUCCUCUUGCGCUCGUACUUAUAAGAGGAGACCUGAUGGAGGUAAUUAAUUCUCCACAUUGAGAUGCAAGAAUCAGUGUUUUGUAAGGGUGUGGUUUCUCAGUGCGACCAUCGCCUUAGUCUACCCUACAUAGUGGACUUGAUUACAGCUGGCUCUGUUAUUAUCUUUUUUUUUUUUAAUUUUAGUGGGAGGAUAAUCAUCUAGGCCUACACUCCAGCAGCUACACAACAAAGUGCACGGGUUGGAAUGUGUUUAUG